AGACAACUGGCUUAUGAGUCGUUACCACGUCAACUUCGGACUUCAUAGUUCAUAUAUACCCCCUUAUGCUUUACCACUGAAACAUCAUUCACUCCUUUGCAACAACAAAAAAAUCUCUGCAUUUUCUUGUCCUUCUUUAUCUCCCACCACAAAAGCUGCAAAAUGGGUCGGCUUAAUCUUAUACUUGUUUGUUCACUCUCAUUAUUAAGUUUGUGUCUUUAUCCUUAUCUUACUUCUGCUCAGCUUAGUCCAAACCACUAUGCUAAAAUCUGCCCCAAUGUUGAAAGCAUCGUUAGACAAGUUGUUCAACAGAAAUUCCAACAAACAUUUGUUACUGUUCCUGCUACCCUUCGUCUCUUCUUUCACGAUUGCUUUGUCCAGGGUUGUGAUGCUUCAAUUAUGGUAGCAUCCACAGGAAACAACCAAGCAGAGAAGGAUAACUCUGACAAUCUGUCAUUGGCGGGUGAUGGAUUUGACACAGUGAUAAAAGCAAAAGCAGCAGUAGAUGCUGUACCACAGUGCAGGAACAAAGUCUCAUGUGCUGAUAUUCUAGCCUUGGCAACCCGGGAUGUUGUUGCAUUGGCUGGUGGACCUUCUUAUACGGUUGAAUUGGGAAGAUUUGAUGGACUAGUUUCAAGAGCUUCAGAUGUAAAUGGAAGGCUUCCUCAGCCAGGCUUUAAUUUGAAUCAGCUGAAUUCACUGUUUGCGGCAAACGGGCUCUCCCAAACUGACAUGAUUGCCCUCUCAGGGGCACACACCCUUGGAUUCUCCCACUGUAACAGGUUCUCCAAUAGAAUAUACAACUUCAGUCCCAAAAGUCCAGUGGACCCAACAUUGAACAAGCAAUACGCAACACAGUUACAACAAAUGUGCCCAAGGAAUGUGGAUCCAAGGAUAGCCAUCAACAUGGACCCAACCACUCCUCGUACAUUCGACAAUGUUUAUUACCAGAACCUUCAGCAAGGGAAGGGUCUCUUCACUUCCGAUCAAAUCCUCUUCACGGACACAAGGUCCAGGGCCACUGUUAAUUCAUUUGCUUCUAAUAGCAACACUUUCAAUAACAACUUCAUUGCUGCCAUGACCAAACUGGGUCGCGUUGGAGUCAAGAAUGCAGCAAAUGGAAAAAUUCGUACCGAUUGUUCCGUGCUUUAAUUGAACACAAAGUCUCAAAUCAAAUAGUACAUGUUUUUUUUUUUUGGUGAAAUGCAUUUUACAAUUUUUAAUGUGGGAAAGUCGCAAGGAGUAGGUAGAUUAUUUGUUGUUAAUAAAUUUGUUUCCGGAUAAUAAAGAAAUGUUUGGAUG